UUCUGCCUUCGCAGCCAAUCACAGGACGUGUUGCUGCUGCAGCUUUAUUUGACUUCAGUUGUUCCUGAACGCGUGAUCGAAGACGAAACCUAUCAGUCUUUGGCUGGUUAAAUUUUGUUUUUAUUUAUUGCACAAACAAAGGAUAAAACGCGUAGCCACUGAGAUGUAAUUUUUUGGGACUAACCUACAAGAGAAUGGUGGAAAUAAAGUGACUCUACUCUGCACUGGCCUCCCCCCCAAGUCGGUCAGCAGAAAGACGAGCUUUGCAUUUGUCAGCUGGUGCAGGGAACAGUCUUUCCAAUGUCUUUAGUGGAGGAUAUUCUCGAUGUGCUGCACAUGGUGCUGGAGUACUUUGGAGUGUCUCCAGAUAUGCUGGUUCCUGUGUGGGACAGUCCUCUGUGCGGUCAGUAUCGCAGCAUUGUGCGAAUGGUUGGAACGAACCUCCCCUUGAAGCCUACCCCACGCGUUCACUUUGAGAUCCCCCUGGUUACUUAUAGGGCCCAUGGACACGUUGAAAUCUCAGAUGCUCCAGCUAUCCCCUCAUUGGCUGAUGUCAUGUGGGUCUUUGAUGACGAGGGGGACAGCUUUGCCAAAACCAGGAACCAUUUACCUCCAAAGAAAAGCACCAUAAAUCGAGACCUGAGGAGAUACCCAAGACCUGCUCCGAGUCAGUCCCGUGGAGCGGGAGCGUCUGAUCCAGAAGCUCUGAAGAAAAUCUCAGUGCUGGAGAGCGAGCUGGUCAAACUGCGAGCUCAGAUCGCCAUGAUUGUAACUGCUGCCCCCCCCUCAGCCCAGAUAGAUUGCCAGGAUGCUCCAGGGUCACCUUUGACGUCCCUUCCUCCACCUCCAGCUCUCACCUCCACACCGCGCUGUGCACCUCCUCCUCCUCCUCCUCCCCCACCUCCCCCUCCACCCUGCCAAAACACCCCCACCGAGACAUCAUCUGUGUUUGAGAUGAUCAGACAGCGCAAGAAGACGGGUGCUGAUAAGGGUCCGGUCCGGGGCCAGAACUCUGAACUCUGCAGAGGAUCAGAAAAUAAAGGGAUUCCGUCCAUGCUGGACGUUCUUAAAGACUUGAAUCAAGUGAAAUUGCGCUCAGUGGAGAGGUCUCCGGGGGGCACGCCAGUCAGGAGGAGACGCAGUAAAGGAGGCGCAGCGUUGCUGAACGACCCAGCAGCUCUUAUCGCCGAAGCUCUGAAGAGAAAGUUCGCCCAGCAUCGCCAUAACAACUCCUCGGACAAAGAGAAUUCAAUAGAAUUCUCUCCCUUCAGCAGCCCAGAAGCUCCUCAGGUGUCCGUCCACACCAGGCGCAGCCAGGGGCGCCGCCACUUCUGACUCGGGCCGAGUAAUGGCUUUUUAACUCCAAGGGGACGCACCGAGCCCCGCCCCAGAACCCUCUGCUGCAGCUGCUGACUUUGCGUUGCUUUUUUAACUUUAUCCCCUUUCCUCCUUUAAAGACUUUGUCUCUUUUAAGUGUUUCAGAUGGGCAAUUUGUUCAUUUUGGUCAAGCAGUCACUGUAAACAAGAGUUAUGGUACUUGUUUUGUUUUUUAUUUUCUUUUAUCUUUAUUUUCUGUUACUUGGUGAUAAGAAAAUCUUUAAAAUGAAUAAUGUGACAAUGCGCCGGAGCAGGUAUGCACUGUAGCUUCUACUCGCCUGCAUUCAUGUUUCUAAGAGAACUUUGUGAGGCCUUUGUACUUACCUCAGUGGGAUUUUAGAUUGAUAUAACUGUUCUAUGCAAUUUUAUAAGUUUUAUUUCAUUAAAGAGUCUAAUUGCACUGAUCAUUUCCUCCUUUUUGUGAUCACAUUUGUGCUAACAGUCGUUACAGCAUAUGUCUGUAGUGUUUG